AACACAGCUCGUUGCGUGUUUUUCAGCAUGGUGCGACAAGUUUUGCACCUUGUGCGACAGCAAAUCAAUUCCUUUUGCGAGGCCGCUUUCAUUAGCGGAUGUUAUGAGCCACAUUGGAGCGGAAGACAGAAGAAUUAGAUGCCUAAUUGAAGGCGAAGCGGUGUUGAACGCCCGGCACAUUAUAUGCUGUGGAAGGAAAAGCUGCGACGCUUUGUCUGUUACCGUCCAAGGGCUGUGCGUCCAGACAUCGCACGUGCAACAAAAGCCACACGAACUUGAGUUCGUCUAUGGACUUGACGGCACUAUCAAGGACCGGCAUAGAGAAUCUGGAGCCGUUGACUUCUACGGAUAUCAAACAAGCCUGGGGCAAGCUUAAGGCAGCUCCUCUGUAUGCUGCACGAGAGCACAAGGACCUAUGCCAUGUAGAGGCUCCCCCCCCCCCCCCGCUUGCACCUCUCUUUGCGCUGUUCGUUUAUUCAAUGAUGAGAGAUACUUUCCGCGGGAACUCUGCCACACGGUAUGGCAAAGAAUGCGAGCCGAAAGCUCUGGAUAGGUAUAUGCAGAUGACUGGAGAUGCAGUAACAUGGAUUGGAUUUGUAGUCCACCCAGAUUUGCCAUGGCUCGGCUACAGUCCAGAUAGCGUCAUAUUUAAGAAUGGCGGCUAG